GAACUAUUGUUAAUGGUAAGGGGAAGUGUUUGAGGGCAGAACCCGGAAAUCAGUCGACUUUUCAACAUGGUGACACCCUUGAAGAAUAAUCUCUGAAGGAGACACGUAAUUCAUGUUCCGAGGUUUUUCUAAUGACAUCACCAUCAUGAAGGGUGCAAACUGUCUGGUCCAGCUGCAGAGGCUUAAUAGGCUGCUGGCCCAGUCCGCCUCUUCUGCAGCCCAAUAUGGCGCUCUGCCCCAGUUUGGUCAUCCCCAUGUGCUGCACAACACACAAUACCAGAUGCUGAGGCGUUUCCACUGCAGCCCUCUGUGCUCUAAAGGUCGCCGAGGACUGGCAGAAUUCGUCAGUAAGGGCGAUGGCGAGAAUCCAUCCGUGGUCCAUUCGGACAUCUUUGAGCAGCUGGCCCCGGAUAUCAGAAGCAAGGCCUCCUUCACAAAGGUGGUGGACUUCUUCAAUAAGGCUGAUGUGAGACGGCGGGGUCACGUGGAGUUUAUCUACGCUGCUCUUAAGAGGAUGCCCGAGUUUGGCGUGGAGAAAGACUUGGCCGUCUACAACAAGCUCCUGGAUGUUUUUCCCAAGGAGGUGUUCGUGCCCAGUAACUUCAUCCAGCGCAUGUUUAACCACUACCCCCGACAACAGGAGUGUGGGGUGCAGAUACUAGAACAGAUGGAGAACUAUGGAGUCACACCGAAUAUGGAAACUAAGGUGCUGCUGGUGCAGAUAUUUGGAGAGAAGGGUCAUCCUGUAAGGAAAUACCAGCGCAUAAUGUACUGGUUCCCUAGAUUCAAACACGCCAACCCCUUCCCCGUCCCACAUCAGCUGCCCAGAGAUGCAGUGGAUCUGGCUCGCUUCAGCCUCAAGCGCAUUGCCAAUGACCUGGAUGCUGCUGUCACUGUUUAUCAGAUGCCCAUUGUCACAGAGAGUGAGAAUCAGACCAGUCUUCCACUUAUAAUAGGCAUCCAGAGUCCCAACCAGAUGGAGCUCCUAGCCAAACAUAACCCCAGCAAGCCAGUGUUUGUGGAGGGACCCUUCCGGCUGUGGCUGAGGAAAACAUGUGUCCACUAUUACAUUCUCCGAGCUGACCCCACGCCGCCCGAGGUGGAGGAACCCUAUGAUCCAGAGCGGUCCUUUUACUACCCUCUGCAGCUCGACCUCAGCUAUGACCGUGACCUCGGAGACAUCGAGACGUUUGACGUAGAAGACCUGGAUGAAGGGCCAGUGUUUGCCAUGUGUAUGACCAGUCAGGGAGACCAGGCCACCCUCAACCAGUGGAUCUCCAGCCUCCAGGAGACCAACCCUAUCCUGGGUCACAUCCCGACCCUGUUUCGCCUUGAAUCCGGCCCCACGGAGCUCCAGGCCGCAACCCUGGAGGACACGGACCAACAUCACGGCAAUGAUCCAGAAAAUCAAAGGGACAAGUCCACCCCAGAAGAGGAGGAAGAGGAGCUGAAAAGUAGUAGUGGAAUGACGAGGUGAGGAAGACAUCGCAUCAUGAAGUAGGAGGAACUGGCUCUGAAUGACUCUCAAUAAGUUAUAUGGACAAAAUGCAGAAACAACAAAUAAAUCCACAACGAGUACGA